CCUCCUAGCUCCAAAAUGGCGCCAACAUGCAUAGAUUCAGUGCCCAUGGGUACAAACCAUCGGCGAGUGCGCAGCGCCACCUAUAGAAGAGCUCACGUAGUGCUCCAAAAAGCCAUGUGUAUAAAUCCGAAGAAGAAGAGCUUGGAUCGGUUUCAUGGCUCCAGGAUGGAGGGGUUCCUCUCCACGGUUUCCCCCUACAACGUCUAUGGUAACGCGGUGUGCGGUCCCUCGGCUCAGGGCAGCAGCUGGGGGAAGAGAGAGGGCCGCUUCAUGACCCCUCAGGGCUUCAACUACCUGGAGCUCUGCAAGACCAUCCUGUCCCAAGUCCAACCCAGUUUACCCCUUCCUGUGCUCAAGAGGACCAGCACUAAGGAAUGCGGCGUUCAAGUGAACGCCAAAGUGGAUAAAAUCGUCCAAUGUUCGCUGGGACCCAAGACUCUGCUUUUCGACGAGAAUACCGCCUUCUCAAAGUCCACAGAGAGUCCGGAUCUCUUCAAACCGGAGGGAAAGGCGCAGUUCAGCACACCGCCGGUGAGCAACCUGCGCUUCCUGAGACCUGUAUCCAUCUACUCUCCGAUGUUUGACCGCAGGAUUCUGCUGAAAACACUCGAUGACUGUUGUGGAAGAGAAGAUGCUGAAACCUCCAAACAAGCCAAGUCUGAUGCGAGCACAGGUCACAGUGGAGAGGACGCAGAAAAGGGCCUCAAGACCACUUUCCACUGGUCAUCAAAGGGCUCUAACUUUCAGUUCCUGGAGCAAAGGUAUGGCUUUUUCCACUGCAAGAAGUGCAACAUCCGGUGGGAGAGUGCUUAUGUAUGGUGCAUCUCUGGAACCAGUAAGGUGUACUACAAGCAGCUCUGCCGGAAGUGCCAGGUGGGAUUUAACCCCUACAGAGUGGAGUCUAUCAUCUGCAAGGGCUGUUCUCAGACUUCCUGCACCUGUGAGAAGAAGCAGAGGCACAUAAACAUGAAGAGGCCUCACCGUCAGGACCUGUGCUGCCGCUGUAAAGGAAUGAAGUUGUCCUGCGACGCCACCUACAGCUUCAAGUACAUAGUCUGAGCUGCCCAGCAUGACAGUCGCCUAGCAUGUCUGAUUGCAUCUGCUGCGCAGGUUGAAGUCAUGCCAGUAAUGUCAGCAAACAUGUGAUAGAAAUAGUUUUGACAUCUUUACUUUGAGACAAACUUGUACAGAGCUUCAACUCAAAACAACUUCACAAAGGCUGUAAAAGUAUUUACAUGGUGGAAAAAAAAAACUCUU